UCAUCCGGGAGAAAACACAGCGAUGAGAGCAAUUUUCAUCGUUGCACUAAUAAUUUUCAAUAUUUUGUUAAUUGACGUUGUAGAAAGUGCCAGGAAAAAUGGAGGAACUUCAAAAUCGCGUCAAAGAUCUAAAAGUAGUCGGAAACUGAUAAUCAAAUGCUGUGGAACGGCAUCUUGCACUAAAACGAGCUCCAAAAGUGUGAUGGUUACUCGCAACAACAGCUCAUCCACCUCAUCUGCAAUGUCCACAACGUCCACCGCGUUUACAAGUGAACCGUUCACUGAAGUAUCAGAACCCAGCAAUACUGUAGCAUUAACAUCUCCGUCCGAGGAAACAAAAGAAACAAUCACAGAGGCUUUGACUGAAGGAACCACGGAACAAUUAACAACUGUUUUUACCGAGCCACCAAGCACUGAACCAAUUACUACUGAGUCAACUACUUCAACGUCUCCAACCACGACAAUUACAACCACAAGGCCACCAACGGAAGAGGAGCUCAUCAGAGGCGAGUGCGCCUCUUUUGAUCCAGACCCAACAUUGUUUGCCAAAGAUAACGUAGUGAAAGAUCCAAAGAAGUAUGGUUUCUGGAUUGAAUCUUGUGGUCAGCAGUUUUUGCUGGGAAAGAACUUGGCCACUUGGAGGGAGAACUUGAUAAACUGUUCCAGGAUCGGAAUGGCACCGCUAACUUUUGAAUCGCCUGCUAAGCUUGAGUGCUUUCGAAACAUGGUUUCAAAAUGGAAAUACAAUGCAAAUUACUGGACGUCUGGUUUGAGAUUUAAUGAUAGAAAUUUUGGAUGGUGCGUGAAAAACGAGACAGUCCUGAUGGAUGGCGUGAAUUUUACAUGGGCAGCAGGAAACCCAGAUAAUAGCAACGGCACUGAAAACUGCCUGCACCUGAAAGUGAACAGGACGAGCGCGAACUUCCUGUUUUCAGACCGGAUUUGCACUAGUUUGCAAUUUGUUGCUUGCCAGGGGCAACCAACCCCAGCACCUCCAUGCGUAGCCCCCACCUGCCCCAAUAUGACCUGCGCCAAAAAUAUGUCAGUCCUCGUUUCUAUGGGGAAUAGGGAUUUCAUAAAAAGACCACAUCGCCAUGGUAGCUGGUUUAAAGAGCAUCUGCGGGCGUACAUGUUUAGUUUUCCGAACAAUACGCAAACCUUUGCAGACGCCGUCCAAGCUUGUUGCGAGCUGGGAUUGAGUUUGUUGAGUCUGGAAAGUGCUUACAAAUAUCAAUCUCUGAUCAAUGCAAUAAAUGAAAAUAAAUCUGACAGCGAUUUCUUCUGGACUUCCGGAAGUGAUCAAGGCUGCGAGGGCAAAUUCGGUUGGUGCAAUGUUCCUCAGUGGUGGGUAAACAAAAGCGCGCCUUGGGCGUCCGGACAGCCUGACAACGCACGGGGCAACGAAAACGCCGUUGCCAUUUUCUUGAACAAAACGCACGCACAGCUUUUUGAUUUCAACGAACAGGAGAAAUUCAGAUUCAUUUGCGAGGCGCGACUAACUUAUGGUUCACCAUCAGGAGGUGCCAUGGUGAGAGACGAGUGCGCAUCAGUGUACAAAUUGAACCAAAGUGAGAUUGACAGGCUCCUCAAUGACACAAAAAUUCAGAUCGCAGCACAAAAUUCAAAGUCCUUCGUUACUUGCCUUGCAGAGAAAUCAGAUUUGUUGGUCAACGGUGAGUUCGUGGAGAAUGAGGUUUUGGCAAUAAUGGAGAACCAAGCGGGUGAAAAUAGAACCGAGCUUCAAAACAACAUCCACAUAGUCAGGGAUGAUUGUAGCAGCUCUACUGCCGGAAUGAACUACGCAGACAAAGCGCCUCAAGUGUUUUCGUGCGUUGGCGAAAAAGCGCCAGUUUUAUUAACUAACGUCGUUUCUGGCGUGGGCCAAGUGCUUCCACUGGAAUACGAUCCUAUGCCACCAGAUGCAUUCUGCUACAAGUCCACUGGGUGCAACGUUGACUAUGCAAUGAAGGCGACGAUUGCUGCAUGCAAUUCGUCCUGCGAUCUGCGAUAUGGAUUUGUGCAAGUUAUUUGCGGCAAAAGAUAUUUCCAAGAUAAAACCAGGACCGAGUUGAAAUGGGCCUUUCAAAAUUGUUGCCAACAAGGAAUGAAAAUUGUAUCGAUUGGCACUUUGGAGGAAUUGAACUGCCUCACUAAUAUCACCACGCCAGGAUCAGGAGAAUGGUUGUGGGUGGGGAGUAGCAGAAUCAACAGUACCCGCGCACGCUGGUGCACUUCACAAGAGCCUUUUUAUUUUGAUGGAUACGACAAGGUGUUCGACAAUGCUGAUCCAUCUUUUGACGCGUAUUUGGUCAGUCCUCGGAAGAAGAUGAUCACCAUUGCCAAGCAAACUGCUUGGCACUUCCCACUAUGUGUUUUGGAGUAAUUUCAAACAACAUUAAUAUCAAGACUAAGGACUCCUGACUGGCUUGUCAAACCAAGUCUUCACAGAACCGCAGGAGCCAUUUAUGGCAAAUGUUAGAAAAUAAUUGGAAUUUAAUUAAACAUCUACUUUUAAAUUGACUUCAUUUGACUACGUCAAUAAGGAACCCUUAAUAAAUAAUGUUUAAGAGUUUAUAAUUAGAAUUUUUAA